CAAACCCUCCUGCAGUUCGCUUCGCACUUCGCAUUCCUUCGUCUUCGGCGCCAGUCCUUCGUUUUCGUUUUCGUCUUCGGCGCCAGUCCUUCGUCUUCGUCCUUCGUUAAUUCUUCAUUCGUCUUCCUCCUACACGAGUUCACGUGGGUUCGUCUUCUUCAUUCGUGGGUUCGUUCUCCACUCUCCGUUCUCCACUCUCCGUUCGUCGCCAUUCGCCAUUUUCCGUUCUCUGUGGGUUCGUUCGCUGCAAAAUUUUCAGGCCAGGCCAUCUUGAUUCUCAUCGUGGAUCUUCUCUUUCUCUUCUUGGAUCGAAAUCGCGGGUGAGUUACUAUGGCUAUGGCAGAAGAGGAUCCUAAGCCACUUGCAUAUAUACCGGAGAUUAUACUGAAGAAAAGAAAGGUAAAUGAAGCAGCGGCAUUGAGAAGAAAGGAGCAGUUGGAGUUAAGGAAGCUUAGUUCGAAGAAAAACAAGGAUGGUUUUAUUAAACUACCUGAGGAAUUUGUCAGAGAAUAUCGUGCUAGGGAACUGGACCUUGUCAAAAUGAAGCACAGGAUAAAGAGAAAAAGAUCUGCUAUUGUGCCAUCAACAUCUAAAUUGAUUUUUAUAAUUCGGAUACAGGGCAAGAACGACAUGCAUCCAAAGACAAGGAAGAUCUUAUAUAGUCUCGGAUUAAGUAGAAUUUUCAGCGCAGUUUUUGCCAAGGCUAAUGAGAGUAUUCUAGGGAAGCUACAGAGGGUGGAGCCAUACGUGACAUAUGGAUACCCUAAUCUUAAAAAUGUGAGGGAGCUCAUAUAUAAGAAGGGAUUCGCAAAGAUAGACAAACAAAGAGUUCCUCUGACUGAUAACAACAUUAUUGAACAGGCAUUGGGGAAACAUGGUAUCGUGUGCAUGGAAGAUAUGGUGCAUGAAAUCGCUAAUGUUGGCCCUCAUUUUAAGGAGGUAAUUUCCUUUUUAUGGCCAUUUGAACUUGAAAAGCCAGGAGGGCGCUGCCUUCAAGGGAAAAAGUCAUCGUACAAGGAAGGUGGAGAUAGUGGUAAUAGAGAAGAUGACAUCAAUGAUCUGAUUAAUGAGAUGAAUUAGGCAAAAGCCUGAAGGGGGGGAAUAUCCAGUAGUUUCUGUAAUGCAAUUUUUGUAGGCUACAAUGAGUUUGUAUCUUGUUCAACUCAUUUGCUUCAUAUGUUUUGGGUUCUUUUACGUUAUUUCUUUUAUGUCCUAGAGAAAAAUGGAAAAGCUUGGAUCUGUUAUAUAUUUAACAACAUAAUAUCAUCCACAUUAUGUGAGAACAAAGCCUUCCACUUGGUCGACAUUUUGUCUCUA